AUGACAGAAUCUACCCUCACCACAACCCACGGCACCCUCUCGAUCAACACCUACGGGACGCCAGGCAAACCCGAUGUCCUCCUCCUCCACGGCAUGUCCACCAGCCAGAAAGGCUUCCGUCCCAUCGUCGAGAACGCUGACCUCCUCUCCAACUACCGCAUCACAACCUUCGACUUCCCCGGCCACGGCUCAUCCACUAACGCACCUGACCCACCCACCACAUACACCUUCCCCAGCUUCGCCUCCGCCGCCAUCGCAGUCCUCCAGCACCUAAACAUCACCAAAGUCGCCAUCUAUGGGCACAGCAUGGGCGGGCACGUCGCUAUUGAGCUCGUCCACCGUCUUACCUCGGCCAACCCUGAGCUGGACAUCAAGGUGUCCGGGUACAUGAUCACCGGCACGGGUCCAUGUAAGGGCAGGGAGCAGUUCCAGGAGAGCUAUGCCACAGAUUCCCCGGCGACGCUGCGCCGGCAGGUUUUGCCGCCUGAUGAGUCGUUGCAGCAGUUUGUGAAGGAUGUCUACUCCGCCGAGCAUCAGGAGUGCUGGAUGCUUGAGGAUUCGCGGCGGUCGGAUGAGACGGCUAAGAAACAUGUCUUCGGGGCGGCGACGAGUGAAGAAGCGUUGGAUGAGAGGAAGUUCAUUGAGGGAUGA